GAGAGGAGGAAAAUAAGUAAGUUUAAAAAGAAUACAAACAGAGGGUAGUUAGAUAUACAUACAUGCACAGGUGUCAUUAUUUGAAUUGCAUGUGUUAUAUGGGUAUUAUGCAACCUUCAUUAGAUAAAAGUCCAGUUUGUGAAAGAUGUUCAAUUCAUCAUGUUUGGAUUCAACCAUGAUUAAAUUGAGGAUGAGAAGAUCCCAGUAACAGAGUGAUGAGAAGUAUUUUACAUGCAGUCAAUAGGAUUAUCAACUUCUUUUAAAAAUGAAGUAUUCUGAUUGGAAAGGGCUGUAAAUGUUAUCGUUUAAUUUACUUUUGUUUGGUUGAUUUCAGUGCAAAGAUAGAAGAAAAGAGGAAGCGAGAAGAAGAGAGGAGAAAUCAAGAAGAGGAAAAGACAAGGAAAAGACUGAAGAGAGAAGAAACCUUUGUAGGCUAUUUCACCAAGACAUCUGCACCCAAGGCUUCAUCAGACAGUGGUAGUAGAUUCAAACCAUUUCAGCUAAAAAUAGGAAUGAGUAUUGCUCCAGCAACACGUAAACAAUUGUCACUUGAAACAAAAGAGGUCUUAGAUAUGGAACUGAAACUUCAGGAAGACCACAGGUCCUAUCUGAGAGAUCUAGAGGCUAGAAAACCGAUUCUUAAAUACAGGAAGAGAAAACUGUCUACCAUUGAAGAACAGAAUGAAUGUGAUGCUGAUGAAAAAACAUCUGAGGGACCUGUAGCAAUUGAUGAAAACAGCAACUCAAGUGUUGAAAUUGUUGAGAAAAAGAAGGACAUUUCUUCCUUUAUUGGUCUAAAAUGCAAACUAUUCCAGUUCCAUACUGACUACAGGCCAGCAUACUUUGGUACAUAUAGAAAGAAAAGCUACCACAUCUCUCCAAGGAACCCAUUCAAAAAGGACUUGGACCUGUUAGAUUAUGAGGUUGACAGUGAUGACGAAUGGGAAGAGGAGGAACCAGGGGAGAGUCUCUCCCACAGUGAGGGAGAGGAAGAAGGUGAUGGUGAUGAUGACAAUGGAGAUGAUGAUGGAUUCUUUGUUCCUCACGGUUACUUAUCAGAUGAUGAAGGAGUCGAGGAUGGAGAUGAUGAUGAAUGUGAUGAGAAUGAAGAGAAUAAGGGAGAGAAUCCUGAAAAUAGAAGAGAUCAACAGCUUGCAAAGGCUAAAGCUUGGGAAGCUGCAAUGAAAAGAAAGUGCAAGCCCAUGAAACCUAUAUCACUGGGAUGCCUGUGGCUUGAGGAGGCUGAAGUGAAUGUGAUGCUCAAGCAGUUUGCUGCAUGCUUACUUGUUGAAGGAUCCAUAAGCAUUGAAAGCCUGUCUACAAACAGCAGGAGUGCUGAGUUCUCUGUGGACACACCAAGUAAUGGAAACACCAGUGGAGCUCUCUAUGUACCAGAGGAAGCAAUGCCUGAUCUAAUUAAGUUAGUUCAUGGCAAUACAGCAGGUCUCAGCAAGUUAAUGAUCAAGUUCAGAAAGCAUUGGACUUCAAAAUGUCAGGGUAGAAAUGUCACAGAUGAAGAAGUUGAUGAAAAAAGUCCAAUUUCCAAACGACAACUUGAGAAGAAAAUUCAGAAUAUUGCUUCUAAGGAAAGAAGAAAUGAUCGGCCUCGCUGGUAUGUCCACAGUCACAUUCUGGAAGCCUAUGGCUUAGGUAAUUUGGUGGUUGAUGGAUGUAUGAGCUCAGAUGCAUCUUCAGAUGCCCCUAAGUCUUCUGUGGCUUUGCAGGCAAAUACUCCCAGUAUCACUCAAUUUGCCAGGCCUGUUUCACCAACUUCUGCAAUGGGUGGAAGUCCUGAAAUGCAAAAUAACACUCCUAAGAUCCAACCAGCAAGUUUAUUGUGUACUUCAAAUUCAAAUUCACCCAUGGAGAUUGACAACAAGGGCUUAACAGGUUGUGAUGGCAUUUCAGGUUCUAAUAGAGGAAAUUUACACUCGGAAGUAGAUAGUGAAUCCCAAGGCAAGAGUACCACACCAAUUUGGAAUGACACUGAAUUAAGUAAGAUUACUCUAACAAUGGCUGGCUCAAAAACCAACCAAAAUACAAUAAAUAAUUCUACUGGAAAUGUUAUUGAAACUGUGUAUUGACUGAUGCUACACUGGUGUUAUCUUUCAUCUAUUUUGUACAUAGUACUAGGUAAAUUUGUAGCUGAUUUAUAGAGAAAACACAACAGAACAGGUUUUGUUCACAGUUGAGUUAUGAGGCAUUUUCUGAUUUGAUGAAAUAAAGAUUAAAUACAGUGUUACUUCUUGCAGUCCUGAGAUAGAGGUACUGUUGAGUUUUCAUAGUUAGGUGCCAAUCAAUUUGAAGCUUGAACAUCCCCCCCCUCCCCACCUGAGCAUUUGAACCUAUGAGGUAGGGCAUUUGAACCAAGUGUCAAGUCUUUCCAGUGUAAAACACUUGUUUAAAAUGGUGAAAUUUGAAAGGAAAGGAGUCUGCUUUUGUGAGCAAAUGGCUAAAUAAGACAGUUUUCACAUCAAAUGAUAAUGUAUUGUCUACAAUCCAAAAAAUGUGCCUGUCACACCAAAAUCUAACAUGACUGCUAAAUUCCACAUCACUUGUUGAUCACAAAGAAUCAUUCAAUAUUUUGUGGGGGAUUUGAACAAAAUUUUGGCCCAGUGGGACAGGAAUUUGAACAAGCAUAUCAAGAGUUCAAUUGCCCGUGGGGGAAUGUUCAAGCUUGAAUUGAUUGACCAAUUAUCAACUGUUUGACAACUGAUGUAAAACAUGCAGUGUACAAGGAUUUCAGUUUACACAUGCAGUCUCUGUCCAAUAAAUUAUGAGAAUGUUAAGGUCACCGGCACAGCAUGACCGAACCAACAGUUGAAUGCAAAAUGUUACCUUGAAAUGAAAAAGGUAUUAAAACUACCUUGGCAUAAAAGAAAUGUUUUUUUUUUUUUCAUGAUUACACAAAUUUUGGUAUUGAUAAAUGGUUGGGUCUACAAAAAUGUUUACCUCAUUUGAUUAACAUUGUAUAGAUAAGGUCUUGCAACAUGAACAUCAUUCUCCUAGCAAGUUUCUCUAAUAAGCAAAUACAAAUUUCUUCAUACUUACGAGUCUUGGGCUUUAUUUCUAUUUUGGCAAAAAUAACCACCACAAAUAAUUUCCAUAAUUGAGCCUUUUCUUGGUGCAUAUUUCACCCAGGCACACAAAACUGGGAUCAUCAUCCAACCUUCACAACGUGUAGGAAAAUGUUUUGAAUACUGUCCUUUUUAUCAGUAAGUUAUAAGUGCUAUAACAAAAUUAAACUAGAAACACCUACAUUUGAUUACUUAUUGUUAAUUGUGUAAUGGAGUAAUUCAACCUUUGAGACAUCUUUGUAAAAUCCAAUUAUAUGUAUGAGAUAGCUAUCAGUAACUUAAAAAAUCUUUCAAAGUACAGAAAAAAAUACAAUAAUGGUCUACACAGUUUUCUUGCUGUUGAAAUUUUAGAUAAUAACUUUCUUAAAUUAUCCAUUUGCUAAGCAUUUGAAAACAAGCAGGAAAACUGGGUUAAGUUUAUCAAAUUGAGGUUCCCCUGUAAAUAGGCUGGGAAUUGUAAUGAAAGGGCUCCAAAAUUUCCUCAUAGUUUUACUUGUUUUGUUCAGCUUUUCCAAUAUAUAUAUAUAUGUUUUAUUAAGUUCCUACUAUUAUUUUUCUUUAGUUUUGUGAUGGAACUUUGCAGGAAAAAUUGUCUGUAAAGAUGAGGAGAAUUUUAUUUUCAAUACUCUCCACAAAAACCUUCCCAAUGUUCCUUUCCUUUCCUUUGUGUACUGGACCCAGUUUCCUGGCUCAUGUCCAAAUGUUCAAUAGACAAAGGUUUUACUGCAACAAUCUCAAACAACAUGCAGAUGUGCACAAAAGUUCCCAGUAAUGUCUACAUCUAAGGGUCACAUUGAAAGUAACAAGAUAUUAAAAUGCAAGGGAAAAAACCAUAGUUCUGU